AUGGCAGAAGUGAAGCUGGAGCAGACGGAGCUGUGCGUGGCGCCACUCCACCUUAAAGAGGAGCCAGAGCUAUGCAUCAAGCAGGAGCCAGAAGAGUUUCCUUUUCACAUCAUCACUGUGAAAAUUGAAGAAGAUGAAGACGAACCGCAGGCCCUUCUGCUGUUCAGACUGUGGGAGGAGCUUCAAAAAAAGAGGAUAUUUAGAUGA